AUGAAGGAAGUUCUCCUUCUAGUGGCUCUGCUGGUUCCUCAAAUCCGUGGUGACAUUUUCAAUUUAACGACUGCAAAGUUUGAAGUUCUUGCCGUUCAGUGUCUAAAGUUUGGUAAAUUUUUUGGUGACGUGAUUGAUAAAGGAAGUGGAGUUCGUGAUGGAAUUGUUAAUGUGGCUGUUGCUGAUUAUUCUGAUAACUUAGAUGUGAAUUGUUUGAUUAGAAAUGGAUUGAUGAAAAUUAGUGAAAAAGUUGUGAUUUUUGGUGUGACGAAGUUGACUUUUGAGUUUGCUGGAACUGAGCCGGAUUAUCUUGUGUAUGUUCAGGACUAUUCGGAAAAUAACAACCUCAGCGCAAUCGGUCAAAAAUACUACAACAGCAUCAAGCCAUCCACAAAGUCAAUCAUCCUCUCAAGCUUCUCCAACCAAGCUGACUUUGAAUCCUCAAACAACAUGCAGCAUCAAGUCAACUCCUUCUACAAGUCCAUAAACUACGCGAAUCCAUUAAUCCUGAACAUCUACGGUGCCUCACAUUCAAUCCACAAAUACAUCAAGACACACGACCAUUACAGCUACAAAAAAGUCAACAGAUUAACCAAACACGAUGAAUACCGUCCAUUAAUCGACAAUUUGAAGAUCUCGUACCAAGAAGCUCUGCCUUACUCGUACCUAGACGAUGACAGCCACAUCAUUGGAGUCGAUGGAAACUUGAUCAAUGAAUUCUGUAAGCACACUGGACUUGACUAUAAAAUUGUCAAUGAACAUGAUGGACAGCUGUUGGAAGUCCCACCAUCAGUAAAAUUUGACAUCAACUUAAACAGACGAGCAGCAACUGACAAUCUAAAGGCACACGACAUCGCCCAUCUCUAUGACACUAGUCCAGAUCAGUGCCUUUUGGCACCAAGGGACAUCGCCGUCUACAAAGCAUUUUCGAAUCCAUUUGACAACUUUGUGACAACCUUCUUGAUCUCUACCGUCAUUCUGAUUGCUGUUCUAUGGAAGUUUAUGAAAUGGCUGCAGGAUGAGGAACUGUCAUUAGCCGACCUAAUCAUCUCAAUGCUCAAAGUCUUCAUUGGACUAGCAAUUGAUGAUAAUCGAUGGCGUUACUGGUCGAUGAAGGAACGAUGCUUGCUGAUGCCAUUCCUAUUCAUGUCCAUCAUCCUGAUUGCACUUUAUCAGUCAUUCCUGAUCUCAACAUUGAUUGUGGAACAUCCAAUGAAGUCUGUACGGUCAAUUGAGCAGCUCAACAAGUCAGACACUCAAAUUUACGAAUAUUCCGACGGAAUUCACAAUUUUGAGGAUGGGAAAAUUGUAAACUUAGUUCCAGUCAACAGCAGUAAGCAUGCAAUGUUGAUGCUGCCUGAAAAUUAUGACAAGAACCUCGCGUAUGCUGUCCGGUGUCGAUUUGCUGAAGAUUUUGUAAAAUCUAGAAGGAACAUGCAAGAAAAGCGGAUUUUAUUUGACGUCCUUGAGGAUCCUCAGUACCCAAGAGCCUACUCAACCUACGCCAUAGCUGAUGACUUUCCAUACAAAAAUAAAUUCAAGUUCUCAGUGAUGGCACUUGAGGAAUCUGGCGUGACUAAUUUUUGGACUAAACAACUCAUCCGUGACCGGUUCCCAAAGCAUCCAAAGAAGGAGGACAAUGGCUACAAUUUCCUUGGAAUUAUGAUUUUUCCGUUCCUUUUGAUUUUCGGUGGAAUUGGAAUCAGCUUUGGGUCAUUUGUUAUGGAAGGGAUACAUAGUCGGUACUCCGAAUGGGCGAUCGAAUGGAUGAUUAAGUUUAGGAUUUUUGAGAAUAUUUUAGUCGGUGAGAUCAGGAAGAAGAGGAUGAUUAUGGUUGAACCAAUGGGUGGGGUUGGUGGGGGAUGGGAUGGGAAGAUGAGGACGAUGAGCAUUUAA